AAAGAGAAGGAGAGAAGGAAGAGGAGGAACUGGUACGAAAACAACACAUACAUUUCCACUAGAGGGGCAAUGUUUCUAAACUACCGCACACCCCCGCCACCUAAUAGACUCAUCAUUAACCUUCAGGAAAAAUAUUUGACAAGUACGUACAGUAAUAACCAGUUACCUAUCUUUACGUGUCUUUCAGGAAGACACAAAUGGAGGAUUAUGGUAUUCAUGUGUUUAUUGGAUAUGCCGAUGAUGACUUCCGCUUCGUUCGCUUCGAUCUUCGCAGGUACCUGGAGGAAGAUCUGAACCUGAACACUUACAUCCACCAGCGUGACCUGCGCGCGGGGUACCUUGACCAACAGCUGCUGGACGCUAUCCAGGACAGCUGGAGACUGGUGUUGGUCUUGUCCGCCAACUUUCUCCGGAGAUACGAGAAGGCGCACCUCGUCAUGAAGAUGUGCACGUCUGCCGUGACCCCGGUGAACCCUGACCGCGUGCUGGUGUUGGUCGAGCAAGGUCAAGGCCGCCAUGUCCCCGACUACGUGCUGGCGGUGUUGGACGAGGAGAAGUUGGUCAGACUGCACAGCCUCAACGAGGAGCUGGGAUACGAGCAGAAACAGCGCAUCAAACAUCUCAUUUUGACGUGAACCAUACAGUUCAUCAAACUUCACAUCCUGUCGUGGACGGCAUGGCGCUUUAUAAUAUCAUCUUGUCGCUAACGAUACAGCACAUUAACAUUAAUUUUAUCUCAGACACAGCACAUUAACAUUAAUUUUAUCUCAGACACAGCACAUUAACAUUAAUUUUAUCUCAGACACAGCAACCAAACGUGCCAUCCUGUCUUGAAUGGCAUUAUAUCUCAUCAAACAUCUCAUGAAGUCUUGAAGGAUACAAUUUCCCUUCAAACAUCCUAUAUUGUCCAGAACAAUAUGCGA